CUCCGAGAGUUCAUAAUGUCUGGCUGGUAACUCAGACCACACGAACCGGCGCAAGCGAACGGACUGACGCGCACGAGAGCAUGAUGAGCAGCAGUCAGUGUGAACGCGGAGCAGCUCAGAGCGCGAUGAGCCCAGCACACAACUACACCCUGAUGCUCGCUGUCCUCUUCAUCUCCUUCAUACCCAUCACCACAAGUGCUCCAGUGCUCUUGAACCCAUCUUCAAUAGAUCAUGAGCAGUUACUAACCCAGAUAACUGAUCUGUGCUCGUUCUACCUCUCCGCAGACCCAUCCUUUAGAACAUCUGAUAUCCUGGAGGAUCUGUGUUUCCUAAUGCUGGGAUCACUGCAAAAAUCGAAGGAGAUCACAGCUCGAGAGACCAGUAAAAGGUUCUUAUUUCAUUACACUAAACCGAAUGGUGCAGGAUUGUCAGAUGGGACGUCUACUGUGUUGCACCCUCUUCUGGAGCUCAUACCCCAGCUUGCCAGAAGAAGAAGCAGGAGAAUGAAAUUAAAUGAUGAUCUUCAAGGGCCUGGACGAAUCCAGAGCAGAGGGCACUUCCUUUAUCGGCCACGAAAUGGAAGAAGAUCUGCGGAGUAUGUGUAAAACAAUAAAGAAUCGAAAAAGCACCAGACCCCGUGCCACAGAUGUGCUGAUCCAGAGCCAGUCAACCUGAAACGUCACGUCACUCGUUCCAGAAAACACCCCCCUAUUGAAUUGUGAUGUUGAAUGUACAGACAGAAUCCAAAUAAAGUCUUUUAUCUGUCCAAAUGUCCUGUUUGUGUAACUGUGCUGUGCCUUUUCAAUUAAAAGCAUUAUAAAAUGUUUC